AGCAGUCCCUUGGAUUUGACACCAUUGGAUGAGUAGUGAAGAAAUCACAGUAUUAUAUAAAGGAAGAAGGAGAAGAAGCUUGGCCAUCUAGCAGCAGAACAACAAGUGAUUCAGAAGUAAGAAGGAAGGAAAAUGGCUUCCUCAAUGAUCUCCUCCCCAGCUGUUACGACCGUUAACCGUGCUGGUGCCGGUGCCGGCAUGGUGGCUCCGUUCACUGGCCUGAAGUCCUUGGGUGGGUUCCCAACGAGGAAGACGAACAAUGACAUUACUUCGGUUGCAAACAACGGUGGAAGAGUGCAAUGCAUGCAGGUGUGGCCAACAACUGGGAAGAAGAAGUUCGAGACUCUGUCGUACCUUCCAGACCUGACUGAAGAACAACUGCUUAAGGAGAUAGAUUACCUUCUUAGGAAUGGAUGGAUCCCUUGCUUGGAAUUUACAUUGCAGGACCCAUUCCCAUACCGUGAGCAAAACAGGUCACCUGGAUACUAUGAUGGAAGGUACUGGACCAUGUGGAAGCUGCCUAUGUUUGGGUGCACUGAUGCUACUCAGGUGUUGCAGGAGGUUGUAGAGGCCAGGACUGCUCACCCCAACGGCUUCGUCCGUAUCAUUGGAUUCGACAACGUUCGUCAAGUCCAGUGCAUCAGUUUCAUUGCCUACAAGGCCCCUGGCUUCUAAGUCUGCUACAUUUGUAACCCCCCCACUACUUUGCUUCUUUGUUUGUAUUUAAACCAUAUUUCCAUUUCGUUUUCUCUUUUUGUUGUCCGGAGUAUCUUCUGUGGAAAGCUAGAGCUUAAUCUUGAGGUAUGGAGAUAUAUUUGGUAUAUUUAAUGAAUUGACAAACUUGCCUGGGGAUUGAACCAAUUCUGUUUGCUA